ACAGAGGGAGGGAAGGUGCUGAAGAGAGAGUGUUUGUGACUGUCACUGAGCAGCAGAGGGACAGCAAACAAACAGACCGCAAAAUCGGAGACGGCAGAGAAGAAAUACAACGUGCGUACCCCGGAAAAAAAAAUUGGAGCGAGGCUGACGUAUAACCACUAAGAGGAGGACGAAAACUCACAGAAACAGAGCGUGUUAUUGUCUUCAGUGGCUCAAGAGACUUUUUUAAACCAGAAAAGACUGCAACAGACGACUCAAAAGAAACUUUUGCAACCACCUGUGCCACUAAGACACAAUGGCAGAGAACUCCACUUCCACCCCAGCUGCCAAGCCCAAGAGGUCUAGGUCAUCCAAGAAGUCAACGGACCAUCCAAAAUACUCUGACAUGAUUGUGGAAGCAGUACAGGCAGAGAAGAGCAGAUCUGGUUCUUCUCGUCAGUCCAUCCAAAAGUAUAUCAAGAACCACUACAAAGUAGGGGAAAAUGCCGAUUCACAAAUCAAGCUGUCCAUUAAAAGACUCGUGACUGCUGGGACUCUUAAGCAGACCAAGGGUGUAGGUGCCUCUGGUUCUUUUCGUUUGGCCAAGGCUGAUGAAGGCAAAAAGCCAGCUAAGAAGCCCAAGAAGGAAGUGAAGAAAGUUGUUACUCCCAAAAAAGCUGUUAAGCCCAAGAAAGCAGCAAAAUCUCCAGCUAAAGCCAAAAAGCCAAAAGUAGUGGAGAAGAAAGUGAAGAAGCUAGCCAAGAAAAAGCCUGCAGCCUCUCCCAAAAAAGCCAAGAAGACAAAGACUGUCAAGGCCAAGCCUGUAAAGGCAACCAAGGUAAAGAAGGCCAAGCCCUCCAAACCAAAGCCAAAAGCCAGUCCAAAGAAAUCUGGAAGGAAGAAGUGAAGAAAGCUCCUCCAGUCUCUGGACAGCUCCUAAAGACUUGUGUACAUAGUUUUGUAACCUUUAGAUUUUUCUCUUCCUGUGCUACUUUAUACAGAUGACCAGCUUCUCCUAAGGACACAACCUGUUUUAUGUAAAAAAAAUUUAUUUUGGUGUUUGGGGGAGGGAGGGGGGUUGCAAGUGGGAGGGUGGUGGAAUCAAUUUUUUUAUUGGCACUAAGUCAUCUACUUAGUGAUUUGUUUUUUUUUGGUACUUUCAUUAGGUAGGAUUUUAAUUAUAUUGCUGUAGCAUAAGAUCACAUGUCUUUGUUAAAACACCCGAUUUAGGUCUCCUUAAAGAUGCAGCAUUGAGGACAUAGUUUGUGUACUGUUUGAAGCAACUGCACAGGGAAAUCUUCAAAGUACAUCUUGUAGGGUGGCAUUUUGAGGGCUGGAGAAAGUAAGUGUUAGAGGAAGGAACCAUUGGAACAAUAGCCAUAUGGUAGACAUCUUGCUUCACAAAUGGUGGGUAUAUGAUGAUAUUGAAUGACAAUGUAAAAGCUACUUCAGUUAAAUUUUAGUUUUCUCACUCUUAAAAUUGUGACCAACACAUUUGCUAACAGAUCCUGCAAACAUGCAGUUCAUCACUACUCAAAACAGGUAUAAAGACCCAUAGCUCAAAAUUGUAAUGUUCAAACUAUAUUAAAUAUAUCAAUGCUGUUUGCGUAAAAAAUAAAUAAAUGUGUUUUCAUGAUCUGAAAGGAUUGUUUGAGAAGAGACUACUUUUAAGGAACUUUUUUUAUUCCUCAGCUAAAAAUAAAAUACAAGCAUGUCUCUUGCAGAAUGAGCAAACAUUUUUUACAGCAUCAUAUUCAUUAAGUACAUUAUAGCAUUUACCUAUGUGAAUUUUAAUUAAUUUGUGGGUGAGUGAAUUUAGCAUUGAGAAGACAAAUCUGAUUUAUAAUGUGUUUUUUCUUGUAGUUUAGCAACAAAAAGUCUGUAAUUUUUAAUUUAAACA